AUGAAGAGCGUUUUAUCCAAAUUUAUGUACGACAUUGAGGGUAAGGAUGAUUUUAUGUUAAAAUGGGAGGAAAUGCUUGACAAGUAUGAAGUGCGAGAUAAUCAUUGGUUGAAGUUAACAUUUGGGGUCAAGGAAAAAUGGGGUUGGCCAUAUGUUAGAAAUGCAUGGAGUGCGGGUAUGAGUAGCACCCAACUUGGUGAAUCCUUUAAUGCAUUCUUGAAGGAUUUCAUUCAGUCUGAUCAUAACUUAAUGCAAUUUUUCAUGCAUUUUGAUCGAGUUCUUUGUGAGAAGAGUAAGAUUAUGGAACAAGCUGCAGAUGUUUACACAAAUAAAAUUUAUGAAGAAUUUCAAGAUGAGUAUGUCAAGUCCCUUGAAGUAAACAUUGAAGAAACUGAAAUUUGUGGUGAGAGUACCAUUUAUACGAUUCUUGAUAGUGAUGGUGUAAAGGUGAGGAAGGUGACAGUGGAAUGUGAUGGUUCACUCACUUGCAAUUGUAGAAAGUUUGAAAUGAAAGGCAUUUUGUGUAGUCAUUGUUUGAAGAUCCUUAGAGAAACCCUCAAAUUCAAAGAGAUUCCUUCCCAAUAUAUUCUCAAGAGAUGGACUAAAAAAGCAAGAGCCGAAAAUGUGAAAGAUAGGUGUGGGCAUGAUAUUAAGGUUGAUGUAAGAUUGCAUCAAACUUCACGCUUUAGAUCAUUGAUAGCAAUUUUUAGAGCAGUAGCAUGUAGAGCUUCCGAAAGUGAGGAAACAUAUAACUUGACGGUAGAGAAAGCGGAUGACUUAAUUGCAAACAAUGAAAGCAUGUUAAGCACAAAAUUCAAUAUGUCUUUUUCAGAUACUAUUGAACAAGAAAGCCCUCCCGACACAUGCCUCGAAAGCUUUGAAGUGGAUGGUGUAGUGGAUACAAAUGUAGUUCAAGCAAAAGGACUCAAACGAAAAGAGUGCACUAGCAAGGGACGAAGGCGGACAAAAGGUGGUUUGGAGCUUGCGUUGGCAAAGAAAAAUAAAACAAGUUCACAUAAUGCUUCUCAAACUCCCAUGUUUGUUGCUCCUCAACCUAGUUCACACAAUGCUUCUCAAACUCCCAUGUCUGUUGCUCCUCAACCUCCUCCCUUAUUUUCGACGAGUGCUCCUGAACCAUCUCCCUCAUUUUCACCGAGUAUUCCUCAAUCAGCUCCUUUAUUUUCAAUAAGUGCUCCUCAACUUCCUCCAUUCUCGACGUGUGUUCCUCAACAUAAUGCUUCGUCUACUCAAUUUAUGUAUCUCGCCUAUGAUGUAAGUUAG